AUGUACAACUUCCACUUCCUCCUCAGCUUCGUUCUCUUCCUUCUCCUCACUCUCAGCGCAAGCGGCGCCGUCGCGCCAGCACACCACAUCGACCGCCGUCAGGUUCAUCUCGGAGCGCGACAAACCCCGGGCCAGGAAGAGACCAGAACCAGAGGUACUUGUACGCAGAUGAGCAACAAAUGUAACUUGACAGGACGAGAUGCCCAGGUCUGCCCGGCGGACUACAACAGAUGUCCCUUCGACGGCGCAUCGUGUGUCCUGAUCGAGCCAAAGGGGGAUUCCAGCCGCAAGCCUGAGGUGCGUUGCGGCUAUCUGGGCAGCACACGCUCGUAA